AUGGAAUUUAAGCUUCAGCCAAUAAGUAGUGACUACCCCUUUGUCUUUGUUGGCCCUGUGCUGGUGCCAGACACAAUGAAAAGAGUAGACGUGCUGCCUGCCUUCACAGAACUCCCCGUUUGCAAUGCGCGCAGAGCUGUCUCCACCGCGCCCCGCCGGCCGGGAGGGGGCGCGCGAGCUCGCCGUGCCGGCCCGACAGGCACCGCCCACCCCGCGGGACCCGCCUGGGCGUCCCGCCCCCACGGACUCGGGCGCUGCGGCCACGGGGAGGACGUGGGGUUCGCCGCGGGCAGGAGCCCCGGCCCGGGAGAGGCGCCGCCGGGGCCCCGCGAGCGCGUGGGGGCGGCGAGAGCGGAAGAGAUGGAUUCCCUGGAAGUAGCUCUUCACGGCCAGUGUAGGGCCCGCCCUUCCCUGGGCAGAGUCUUGCUCUCCCAUCACCUGCACCAAAGAGGUGUCCAGGUCCUCCAGCUGCUGAUGGAGUCCAGUGUGGAGUUUGUCCAGGAGGGUGGUGUCGCAGGCAGCAGAGGAGCGCUCUGCGUGGAAGAGGUUGAAGAUCUGCUGGAGCAUCUCGUGGAGGACAGAGAUGGCCUGGGCCUUCCGGAGCUGGCUGCCAUCCAUCUCCCAUAGUCAGCCAAGCUUCCUCAUUCCUCUGGAUUUGUCCUUUCAGGAAUGGGGACCAUUUGAUGAGUAACUGCCGAAGGAGAAAGGUCUAUGACCUGUUCACAAUUUUCUCGUUAUCCAGGGUUCAUGUGAAUUGCUCAAGAUAAAAUGAUGAAUGACUGAGACUGUCGGAUUUUGUCUACAAAAGUAUGAGCAGGUGGCAAGUGCUUCACUAGAGCCUCCUGAUCAGAAAUGCAACUGGCAUUUUCCACUCUUUCAACGUUUUCCUGCUAAUGACUCUUCAGGCUGUUCUCUCAAAAUUUGUAGCUGAUUUCUUCAUUAUUUUCAGUGAGCACAGGCAUUUCAGUUCUAAUUCCAAGACCCACAAAAUGUUUAUCCUUUAUGGCCCCACCUCCCCUCACUCAUUAGCACACGUGUAAUCUCACUCUUCGGCUCAGUGUGAACACAGCCACACAUCUUCCAUCUGAACCCCCGGUAACUCAUUCUUCAGUGGAUAGCCGUGAGUCAGCUCAUCACACUUUCAACUUUUAUUCAAGGCAUUCUUAGAAAGCAGUCAUUGCCCUUGGAUGCACUGAGGCAAAAGGAAAACAAAUGCAAAUCUGACUCUGAUGAGAGUGAAACAAGUAAACUAAAAAAAAAGUGACAGUGGGAUUCUCCUCGUGUGUUACCGCCUUGCGGCUGCUCCAGUACGGUUUCUGCUGAUUAAUUCCACCAAGCACGCUCUCACCGAGAUAGAGAGUGAUUCUGUGGAAGUAUCUCCUCACAGCCAGGAUGGGGUCCUCAUUCAGCAGGGGACGCCCUUGCAGCUCCGCCUCCUGCUUCGGACAGGCUUCCAGCUCCGUCAGCUGCUGAUCAAGCCCAGUGCAGAGUCUGUGCAGGAGGCUGUCCUCCCAGGCAGCAGACGAGCCCUCUGUGCUGAAGAGGAGGAAGAGCUGCUGGACCAGCUCAUGGAAGACAGAGAUGGCUUGAGCCUUCUGGAGCCGGUGGCCACCAAGGACCUCCUGAGGGAAUCCAAAGUCCUGUCUGUCCUUCAGGCAGGAGGAGGGGGAGAUUCUCCUCAUUUGUCCCAGGAGCAUCAAGGUCCUCCUGGUGGCCAGGCUGUGGGUCUGAGGCAGGUCACACCCCAGAGAGCAGAUGGAGUGACAGCUGAGCGCCACCAGGGCCAUCAGUACAGACAACGGUCGAGCCAUUGGGGACAUUGUAGGUGCUGCUGGCCUGGCUGAGGUGGGUGACUCUGUGAGCCCUGGUGUCUGAAGGUUCUCUGAAGACCUGCCUUUGUGCCUGUGUCUUAAAUGGGGACCCGGUUGUUUCCAUUUUCUGAAUGUUUCCUCUUACUUUCUACUUCUGUUUUUGCUUUUCAGUUUGCACUCUCCCAGUGGGUUAGGGCAGCGUUUCUAAGCCCUUUUUGUUUCAUCAUUGCCUCCUUUCCCUACCCAAGGAACCUUUUUGAUAUUUUCUCCUACUUCCUUUUACCUUUUGAUUACGAUAUCAUGUAUAUACUGUGUAUCCAUUUGUAUACACCGUGGAGGUCUCUCCUUAGUACAUAGGGAAUGGGAAGUGCAGAGCUUUCUCUGUAGUCAGUGCAGGGUUAAGAAUGACAAAACAACACUUAAGCUAUACAUUAAACUUAAAAGCUAUUAACUUCUAAUUUAACUUUAAAACUGAGUUUGAAGAGUGACUUAGAAUGGAAGACGUUUACCUGUAUGGAUAGGAAUGUGUCAAUUGACAUUUUCAAAUGAAAUUUAUAUAAAUACUUUAUUAAAAAUUUUAUAGAUAAAAGUCAUUCAUAACUUUUCAAAAUCAUUGGAGAAAUUUGAUUAUUUUCUUCACCAUUAUUUUUAAGUACUUAACUCUUUAAAAUACUACAUUACCUUUCUUUUCAUUCAUAAUUCAACCGACUGAAAUGCAUUAUGAAACAUGAAUUGGUUAAGUCCUAGGAUUUCGGGGAUUAGCUACAGAGUCAUCAGGUAGCAGGUAACGGGAGGAUGUAGAUGAGAGUAAGUGAAAGUAGUUGAAGUUGGUGAUGGGAACGUGUGCACGAUGAAUCCUGUAGUGUCUCCUUUUAUAGGUGUACUUUUCUGUUUACAGUUCUUACAAAAGAAAACUCUAUAUGGGAGAGUAGUUGACAUUCAGUAGAUGAGACUGAGGCCUGACCCGACUUGUCCCCUCCUCAGACUACCUCCCAGGGGUCUGCAAACACCUACAGGGAGGGAAACCAUCUUCCUCCACAUUCUCAGAUGUGUAUUUCACUCCCUAUCGUUUCAGGAGCUCGAUGGAUAUUCAGGAAGGGAAUCAAAUCAUGAUGAUAAUAAGAGAUAGAAUGAAAACGAAGUAGAUUUUUUUCCUCCUGAGCUUAUUUAUGCCUUUGGGAAUCAACUUGUAGGCUUUCUUCAAACAGUCUAUGAAGCUGUGAACUCUGAGCGACAUCCAAGUCAUCUUCCCCAAGCUGAAGUUGUAUAAUAAGAAUUGGGGUCAGUUUGGUUUUUAAUAAACUGUGUGCAAGCAAGAACCUUGUUUUUUUCCUCCAACCCCACCCAGAACUUCAUUAGGACAAAUAGUGUAAAAAUGAAAAGCGGUCUUAUGCCUUGAAAGUGUCUCCUCUUCCGUGAGCCGUCCAGAAGCUUCCCAACAUUUUUGCGCUUGGAUUGCCAUGAGCAUAAAUUCAGGCCGUGUAAUGUGAGCAGAAGUCAUCUUGCCCUGUACUGUCCUGGCCCCUGAAAACAUCCCAUGUGAUCCACCAUACUCUUCUCGUUACCGCUGAGUGGACUAGACCCAAGUGCUACAGGGGACUUUGGAGCCACACGUUGAUUGUGGAAAAUCCACAAAACAGAGGGUUCUUAGGUCCCUGAGUCACUCUGGAGGAGAGGUAACCAGACUGUUCAUCUGAUCAGGAAGGCUUGGAUCGUGCUCUCAAAGGAAGGAAAGAGAGAAACCGAUUCCUUAGAAGUACUUUUUCACAGCCAUAUGGAGUCUUCACAGCUCGGUGGAGUCCUUCCAUCCCAACUCCUGCACCAGUCAGGUCUCCAGGACUUGCCAAUGCUGAUAAAGUCCAGUAAAGAAUUUUUCUAGGCCAAUCAUAUUCCAACCGAUCUCUUAUGCUGAAGAGUUUGAAGAUUUGCUGAAGCAUCCGGUGGAGGAUAGCAGUGAUCCUAGCCUUCUGGACCUUGCUGCCACCCACCAGAAACAACAGAAAACAGUUGGAACCAGCUGAAUGUCCAUCAGUAGGGAACUAGCCAAAUAAUGUAUGACACAACCAUUCAGUGGGAAACAAUACAACUAUUUAAAAAGAUGAAGAAAUUCUCUAUACAGUAAUAUGAGAAGAUCUCCAAGCUAAAAAAGAUAGGUGCAGAACAGUGAGUAUGUAUGCUAUUAUAUAAAAAUACUGUAAUAAAAGAAUAUUAUCUAA